AUGUCUUCCACUCCCGGCGAAGCGACUCAUACUCCAACUUCAUCAUCGGCCUCGCCAUCCGAUCCCCAAAACGAGCAGCAGCAGCAGCAGCAUCUCCCACCCUCUACUAUAGCUGCAACUACCUCCGCACCACCCCAGUCUACCCCCACCGCUCAACCAGGAAGCAUACCCUCAGUUCCAGCUCCAACGGGGAUCCCAGCACCAGAAGAGCCAACGCUCGCGCCCACCAAAACCACCACCGAACCCACCAACACCAGCAGCAGCACCACCUCGCCUCCCGCUCCCCAACCCGGCGCUCAACCCGAACCGCUACCUAUACAUCCCAUCGAUAUUUCGGCUAACACUACAUCUCCUACUAACCAAGGAGGACAUGGCCUACCUUCGACGAUUCCCCCACCCCCUAAGGCUGGCGAAGGACCACCCAACCCGCAGCCCGGCAGACUCCCUCUACCAACACCCACGGCGGCACCCACAGCGGCACCCACAGCACCUCUCGAUAACAACGCCAGUAGUACCCACGGUUACAUGAACAGCUAUCCUGCUGCUACCACACACCCGUUUCAACUCCAACAAUCCCCCAACUCCACCACCACACCUUACGCCUCCGUCUACCAAGCCCCCACGCCUGUCUCCACCAGCCUCCCGCUACACCAUCAGACCGGCAGCACAGGCAUGGUCGACGCCGACGACGACGCAGGAUUAGGUAGUUCCGCGUCUGGGUUCAUGGAGAGUGCCAAAUCGUGGGUUUCCAGUGCGGGAAGUAAAUUGGCGGAGGUGGAGGCUGAGGUUUGGAAACGGAUUAAUGAUGCUCAUGAUAAGUGA